AUGUCUCACAGCUCACGAGGAGCUCAGCUGUUUACUGGCUCAAGAACUUCCAGAGGAACCUCGACGUCCCGAACGAGACAGGGUGGUGUUCUUUCAAAGGCUCUGAACAGAAUUCAAUUGGUCAAGGGCAUAGAGGAUGUGACACUGUGUGAGAAAGAAGCAUGUACAUUUGAAGUGGUCCUGAGUCAUGCAUACAUCCAGGGUCAGUGGACAAAAGAUGGUGUCCCUUUUAAGUCAAAGCCUGUGUGUCGAAUUGCAACUCGGGGCAAAACACACACUCUCACGCUGACAAGGGUCACAACCGCUGACACGGGCAUCAUCAGUUUCAAAACUGAAGGGAUCGAAACCUCGGCUUUGCUCAAGGUCACAGCCAGAGAUAUUAAGAUUGUGAAGUAUCUUGAAAAUGCCAGUGUGACCGAGAAGGAAAGUCUGACGUUUUUCUGUGAAGUCAACUGGGAGGAUGUGGAUGGAAAGUGGUACAAAGAUGACAGCCGGCUGAGAGCUGGAGAUAACAUGAAAAUAAAAUGUGAUGGUAAAAUCCAUUCUCUAACAUUUAAAUCAGUAAAGCCGGAUGAUGCUGGUGAGAUCACAUUCACUGCAGAGAGGGUUUCCUCAACAGCGACCCUACGAGUAAAAGAACUUCCAGUUCAGUUUGUGAGGCCUCUAAGGGUGAAGAUCGGCAUGUACAAACACCGUGCCCUGCUGGAGUGUCAGGUCUCACGUGCCAACGCUGUGGUCAAAUGGUACAAACAAAAUCUUGAAAUUGUGCAGAAUAGAAAGUACCAAACUGUCAAUGAUGGUCUGUACAGACAGCUUAUCAUAGAGGAUCUGGGAUCAUCAGAUGAAGACACUUUUAUCUGUGAUGCUGUGGAUGAGAGCACAUCUUGUCAGCUGUUCGUAGAGGAGCAGGCCAUCAGCAUUUUGAAAGCACUUAGUUCUGUGGAGGUCAUGGAACCUAAAGAGGCUCGUUUUAAAGUGGAAACCAGUAUUCAAUUAGUGAGGGCACCAAAAUGGACCCUGAAUGGGAGGCUUCUAAGUCCCUGUCCGGAAAUUAGAAUUGAGAGGGAAGGAACCUCAAACAAACUAAUUUUCACUAAAACCGACAGUAGUAUGUGUGGCACUGUGCAGUUCAUCUCGGGGAAGAGCAAGUCAGAAGCUCAACUCACAGUGACAGAGCGCCCCUUGAUUGUAACACAGCCCAUUUCAGAUGUGGAGGUGAAGGAGAAUGGGCAAGUUACACUCAGAUGUGAAUUCUGUCCAUCUCCAAGAGUGGUACGCUGGUUUAAGGGUAGAACCCUCUUGUUUGGUUUAAAUAAAUACACAAUGAAGCGGGAGAAGAACCGGGUUGAGAUGACUAUCAUGGGUGUGAAAGCAAUCGAUUCAGGAGAGUAUCGUUGUGUGGCUGGGGGUUCAGAGACGAGAGGAAGAAUCAAUGUGGAAGUUAAAAGGUUGAAAAUCAUUAGACACCUGGAACAAGCGGAAGUUGAGGAGGAUGGAACUGCAGUGUUCACCUGUGAACUCAAUCAGGAGUCUCCCAGCGUCCAAUGGCUUCUCAAUGACAGAGUGCUGCACACCAAUUACGUCAACAAGAUCCAGAAUUCUGGAAAGGUUUACAGUCUGAUUCUAAAACGACUCGCCCCUCAGGAGAGCCGUGUAACGUUCAAAACCUUUUAUAUCAGCGAGACUGCAUUUCUUAGGGUCAAAGAGAGGCCUGCCUUGUUCCUAAGAUCUUUAGAAGAUGCAACCGGUGAGGAGCUUGGUGACAUUCAUCUGCAGUGUGAGGUCUCCAAGCAGUCUGUAUCGCCUCUCUGGAGGAAAGAGGGUGAAGUUAUAAAUGCCAGUGAGAAGUAUGAGAUUCUCCAUGUGGGCAAGUCAUUGACUCUUAUCAUCCGCAAACUGAUAAAGGAUGACGGAGGGGAGUACAGCUGUGAUAUUGGCUCCAGUCAAACCAAAGCUAAAGUCAUAGUUCGUGAUCUUCAUAUUACCAUUGUUAAGCGGAUUAGGACAAAAACUGUACUGGAAGGAGAAAACUGCAGUUUUGAGUGUAUCCUGUCCCAUGAUAUUAUUGAUGAAGCAUCGUGGUUCAUGAAUGGCCAACCUAUUGUGACUAAUGGACGAAUCAUAGUCACAAGCAAUGGCCGUAAAUAUUCAAUGAGCAUACAGGAAGUGAUAAUAUCUGAAGCUGGGGAGGUGGUCUUUAUCAUCAAAGAUCUCAGUUGCAGAACUAUGCUGUUUGUCAAAGAGAAGCCUGUGACAGUGUUUAGAGAUAUGCUGAAUGUGAAAGCAACACCUGGUGAAGAUGCAGAGCUUAGCUGUGAGAUCACCAAACCAGACGCGAUGGUUAAAUGGUUGAAAAAUGGACGAUUGAUUCGAGCUAGCCCAAAAUACGAAAUUGACCAGAAGGAUUAUCUGGUGAAGCUGAUCAUUCGUAAUGCAGCCAUAAUGGACUCAGGAGAGUACUGCUGUGAGGCUGAUGGUAUUGCUACAAGAGCAAGAUUAGAUGUCAGAGAUGUGCAACACGCAUUCGCAAAGGAGCUGAAGGAUGUACGUGCAGAGGAAAAAGGCAUGGUGACCAUGGAAUGUGAAACCAGGAAGCCCCCCAAAACUGUCACCUGGUUUAAAGGCCUGAUGGUGCUUAGCUGAAAAAAGUACCUUAUAAAAAGGAAAGAUGUUGUUCUCUCUCUCACCAUCUAUAAUCUGGAGAAGAGUGACAGUGCUGUCUAUACCUGUGAUGUUGGGACAAUGCAGAGCAGAGCUUUACUCACAAUCCAAGGACAAAAAGUGAUCAUUCUUGAUGAACUGGAAGAUAAAGAGUGUUUAGAAGGAGAUACCAUCGUUUUCAAGUGUCGUAUCUGCCCGAGUGACUACGCUGAUGUUAAGUGGUACCUGGAUGAGACUUUGCUCUACACUAAUGAUCUCAAUGAGAUCCAGAUGAUACACGGUGGAUACCACACUCUCACCUUCAAGCAGCUUGCUCGCAAAGACACCGGCACCAUCUCUUUUGCGGCUGGUGACAAAAAAUCAUAUGCAUCACUGUUAGUCAGAGAGAGACGACCCACAAUAACUAAAGCAUUGGAGGACACAGAAGCGAUUGAAGGAGGAAGUGUAGUGCUGUUGUGCAAGACCUCAAAGCCGUGCCACAUUGUAUGGUACAAGGAAAGCUGUUUAAUCUGGAAUUCUUCAAAGAACGUAGUGACUCGAUCUGGAAAUGAGUCCAGGCUUACCAUUCAUGAUGUGACGGAUAGUGACGCCGGGGUGUACGAGUGUGACGCAAGAUCUGUCAGCACUAAAGCAACUGUGACUGUUAAAACUGUCCCAGCUGAGUUUAUAAAAGCUCUUCAGAAUCAGGAGGUCAAGGAGGGAGAGAGCGUCACGUUGACGUGUGAGUACUCUAUACCUGGUGUCCAUUUUGUGUGGCGAAAAGGAGCAGAGACACUAAAGCCAAGUGUGAAGUAUCACAUGAAGCAGAGGAAAUCUUACAUCUCUCUUACAAUACACAAUUUAAUGCCAGAGGACUCUGGGAAUUACAUUUGCAUUUGCAGAGACCAAAGAACGAUGGCUGCUGUUACAGUCAAUGCGGUUCCAAUCUCGUUUAUCAAAGAGCUAAAGAACCAAGAGAUGGAGGAGGGUAAAGUUGUACUAUUACGAUGUGAGCUUUCUAAAGCUGGGAUCCCGGUGGAGUGGUUGAAAGAGGAGGAAAUCCUCUGGGCUGGAGAGAAAUAUCAAAUGAGGCAUAUAGUUACCAUACUGGAGCUGAUCAUCAGAAAUCCAGUGCCGGAGGACAGCGGGACUUACUGUUGUGCUUGUCAGGAUCAUAGGACCAAAGCCAUCGUGACAAUACGAGCUCCACCCAUCACAUUUAAACAGAAGUUAAGAAAUCAGAUGGCCGAGGAGGGAAACAUUAUAUUAUUACAUUGUGAGAUGUCAAAACCGGCCACCUCUGUUGAGUGGAGAAAAGGGAAUAACUUGCUUAAGUCUGGUGAGAAAUACCAGAUCAGACAGCGGGGCUCUGUGUUAGAGCUAAAAAUCUUUCAUUUGUCGCAAGACGAUAGUGGAGUGUACAGCUGCACCUGUGGAGGUGCCCAGACAUCUGCCAAUAUCAUUAUCAGUGCUCAACUUGUCACCUUCAAAGAGAAGCUCAAAAAUGUGGUAGCAGAGGAAGGCAAGACUAUAACACUGCAUUGUGAGCUUUCAAAAGGUGGUGUCCCCGUAGAAUGGUGGAAUGGAGAUGAACUGCUCCAGCCUGGAGAAAAGUAUCAGAUGAAAGAAAGGGACGCAUCGGUUGAUCUUAUCAUCCGUGAGGCCACACCUGAAGACAGUGGAGUCUACCGAUGCAUCUGUGGACAGCAGAAGACUAAAGCUACAAUUAAAAUAGUUGGUGUUCCUGCAACAUUUAAGCAAAUCCUCAAGAACCAAGAAGCUUCAGAAGGGGAAUCGCUUACUCUACGAUGUGAGCUCUCCAAAGCUGGAGUACCUGUUGAAUGGUGGAAAAGAGAUAAACGGAUACUUCCAAGUCCACGGUACAUGAUGAGGAUGGACGGAAAGAAUGCAGAGUUGGAAAUAUCUAACGUUUUCUCUGAAGAUGCUGGGAUAUACACCUGUGUUACUGGAGACCAGAAGACCAAUGCUGAAGUGAAAAUCAAAGCUCGUCCGAUUACCUUCACACGAGAGCUUCAGAACCAGGUGUCUACGGAAGGGAAGAAUGCAGUAUUUACCUGUGAGCUUUCAAAACCCGGUGCCCCGGUGGAAUGGAGGAAAGGUAGAGUGAUUCUGAAACCUGGAGACAAAUACCAGAUGAAGCUGGAGGGACGAUUAACCAAACUGGUGAUUAUCAACCUUGUGGAGGCGGAUGCAGGAAGCUACACCUGCAAAAGCAAAGAUUCGCUGUCGACAGCCGAGCUGACAGUUCAAGGUAAGAUAAGGUCCGGACUCCCUGCUACAUUCAAACAAACUCUGAAGAACCAGGAAGCUCAGGAGGGAAACAGCAUCACUUUGCUCUGUGAACUUUCCAAGACUGGUAUUCGAGUAGAAUGGUGGAAAGGAGGAGAAAUGCUCAAGACUGGAGAAAAAUAUCAGCUGAGGCACAAAGAAUCGACAGCGGAAUUGCUAAUAAGGAAGGCACAAGCGGAAGAUAGUGGAGUUUAUCGGUGUGUAUGUGGAGAUCAAAUGACAGAAGCCACCAUCAAAGUUAAUGCUCUCCCGAUCACGUUCAAACAAGAACUUAAGAAUCAAGAGGGCGAAGAAGGAAACAACAUGACGUUGCGUUGCGAGGUCUCGAAGGUCGGUGCUGAUGUGAAGUGGUUCAAGGGAGAUGAACUCCUAAACCCUGGAGAGAAGUAUCAGAUAAGACAACUGGCAACGAAAGUGGAGCUUGUCAUACGAAAAGCAGUCCCUGAAGACAGCGGGGUCUACUUUUGCAAAUGCCCCAGUCAGACAUCCGAAGCUACGGUUAAAAUCAACGCUCUCCCAAUCACGUUCAGACAAAACCUAAGAAACCAGGAAGUGGUGGAGGGUAACACUGUUGCUCUGCGAUGUGAGCUUUCCAAACCGGGUGCUAUGGUUAGGUGGUGGAAAGGUAAAGAGGGGCUGAUACCAGGAGAGAGGUACACGAUGAGGGCGGAGGGUAGAAUCGCUGAAUUGCUCAUCAAGAAUGUGAAUACUGAAGAUGUUGGGUUAUACAGCUGCACCACCGGAUGUGAAAAGACAACAGCAGAGGUCAAAGUCAAGGCUCUACCUGUGACCUUUAAACGAGAACUUCAAAACGAAGUAACAAAGGAAAGUGGUCAAGCUGUGUUUAGCUGUGAGCUUUCUAAACCCAACGCUCAAGUCGACUGGAGGAAAGGAAGAGUUAUUCUCAAGGCCGAUGAGAAGUAUGAAAUGAAGCAAGAGGGAAGAAUCGUCAAACUUCUCAUUCAUAAUGUGGAAGCAAGUGAUGCUGGGAACUAUUCGUGUAAAACCAAGGAUUCAGAGUCGACUGCUGAACUAUUUGUUAAGGUUCCACCCAUCACCUUUAAAGUAAAGUUGAAAAACCAGGAAAUUGAGGAAGAUAACAUGCUCGCGUUGCACUGUGAGCUCUCAAAAGCCGGCUGUCCAGUGGAAUGGAGAAAAGGAGAAGAGCUUCUUAGGUCCGGGUGUAAGUAUCAGUUUAGGGAAUAUGAUGUUACGAGAGAGCUGAUCAUCAUGAAAGCCAUGCCUGAAGACAGUGGAGUCUACAGUUGUACCUGUGGAGAGCAGAAGACGAAAGCAACGAUUAAAGUCUUUGCCACGCCGGUAACGUUCAAACAAAACCUGAAGAACCAAGAAGCUCCAGAAGGAGGUGUUGUAGUCAUGCAUUGUGAACUGUCCAAAGCUGGAGUGACGGUAAUGUGGUGGAGAGGAGAUGAGGAGAUCAGCAAUGGGGCUAAAUAUCAGAUCAAGCAGGAAGGAUUGGUCGCAGAGUUACACAUCAAGAACGUCCUUCCGAUGGAUGUUGGGGAAUAUAGCUGCAUUAUUGGAGAUCAGAGGACCACAGCUGAAGUUAAUGUUAGGGCUGCUGCCUCUGUAUAUUUUGAGAGAGAACUUGAAAGUCAAGAAGCAGUAGAGGGGGAUUCUGUCAUCUUUAGUUGUUUGCUCUCUAGCUCGAAUGCCCCAGUCACCUGGAGGAAAGAUGCAAAACAGAUCACGCAGGGCGGCCGAUAUACCCUGCAUCAUAAAGGUUCCACUCAGGAGCUUGAAAUAAGGAAGCUGAGAGUGGCGGAUGCUGGUGUGUAUUCAUGCAGCGUCAGAGGUAAAAAGACCUCUGCAAGCCUUAAGGUGAUAGAGCGUGUGAGGAUUGUGCAAGGUCUUCGGGACUUGACGGUUACGGCUGACGAAAACGCUCAUUUUGUAUGUGAGCUGUCACACGAGAACAUCCUGGAUGGGGUUUGGUGGCUCGGUUCCACCGUGCUGCAGGAGAACGAGAUGAAUCAGAUGAGUAUCCGUGGCCGAGAACACCACCUGGUGCUCACCAUGACCACACCUGAGGAGACGGGGGUUGUGUCCUUUGUGGUGGGAAAUGAACAGACGUCUGCUCGUCUGAAGGUGAACAGCAAACCACAAGUGUUUAUAGAGGAAAAACUGAAAGACAUGACGAUUUACGAGGGUGAUUCUGCUACUUUAACCUGUGUGACGUCUGACUCCUGCACACCUGUCAGCUGGAAACGGAAUACUGUGACCCUGCUACCCGGAGAAAAGUAUGAACCUUUAAAAGAAGGAAAAUGCAAUCAUCUUCUGAUUCAUGGGGUGAGAAAAGAGGAUGCUGGGGUGUACAUUUGUGACACAGGAGACAUGCAGAGCAGUGCUACGUUAACAGUCAAAGAACGACCCUUGUAUUUCCGCGGAGAGCUUCAAAACCAAGAAGCGGAAGAGGGCGAGACAGCGUUCUUAAGAUGUGAGCUAUCUCAACCUGGAGUGCCGGUUGAGUGGAAGAAAGGAGCCGUUCUGCUUCAGCUGGCAAACAAAUAUGAAAUGAAGCAGGAUGGAUGUGAGCUACAGCUACAGAUCAAUGAUGUCACAAGUAAGGACAGCGGAGCCUACCGGUGUUGCGCUGAUGGCAUUGAGACCAGGGCCAGCAUCACUGUUAAAGAGCGUCCUUUGUACUUUCGUGAGGAACUCCAAAAUCAAGAAGUGGAGGAAGGUGAAACAGCAUUCUUGUGCUGUGAGCUCUCUACACCUGGAGUGGCAGUACAGUGGAAGAAGGGGGCGAUGGUGCUGAGGCAUGGGAGGAAGUAUAAGAUGAUGCAAGAGGACAAUGAGCUCCAGCUUCAGAUCCAUGACCUCACCAAUGAAGACAGUGGCAUCUACAGGUGCUGUGUUGGAUGCCUGGAAACACGUGCUAAUGUUUUAGUUAAAGAGCAACCUCUUUUCUUCUGUGAAGAGCUCCAUAACCAGGAGGCAGAAGAAGGUGAAACAGCCUUCCUGUGCUGUGAGCUCUCCAAACCUGGAGUUGAGGUGCAGUGGAAGAAGGGAGCGAUAAGACUGAGACCAGGAAACAAAUAUGUGACGAAACAAGAUGGAUGCAAAGUACAGCUUCAGAUCCAUGACCUGACAAGUCAAGAUAGCGGGACAUACAAGUGUUGCUGUGGAAGCCUGGUUACUACAGCAUCCAUGGUAGUCAAAGAGCAACCUUUGUACUUCUGCAAGAAACUUGAAUAUCAAGAAGCAGAAGAAGAUGAAACCGCUGUCUUUUGCUGUGAGCUUUCAAAACCAGCAUGUGCUGUACAGUGGAAGAAAGGAGCAGUGCUGCUGAAGUCUGGAAGAAAAUAUGAAAUACAGCAGAACGGUGGAGAACUGCAGCUUCAGAUCCGUGAACUCACAGGUCAGGACAGCGGUGUCUACACAUGCUGCGUUGGAGUUCUGGUGACCUCAGCUUCUCUGGAAGUGAAAGAACAACCUCUUUAUUUCUCUGAGGAACUGCAAACUCAAGAAGUAGAAGAAGGUGAGACUGCCAUCCUGAGAUGUGAGCUCUCCAAAACUGGUAUUGCCGUGCUGUGGAGGAAAGGAACAAUGUUGCUUAGACCAGAAAACAAAUAUGAGAUGAAGCAAGAUGGCUUUAAAUUGUCACUUCUGAUACAUGAUGCAAACAGUCAAGACAGCGGCUCCUACAAAUGUUGUGCUGGUACAUUGGUGACCACAGCUUCUCUUGAGGUGAAGGAACCACCCAUUGUCUUCAUAGAGGAGCUUCAAAGCCAGGAGGUAAAGGAAGAUGAGGCGGUUACUCUGACAUGUGAGCUCUCAAAACCUGGAGUUGCUGUUCAGUGGAAGAAGGGAACAGUGCUUCUCAAACAAGGAAGAAAGUAUGAGAUGAUACAGAAGGGCUGUCUACUACAACUUCAUAUACGUGACCUGAAAAGUGAAGAUACUGGGUCCUAUAAAUGUUGUGCGGGUAGUUUGAUGACGACUGCUUCUCUUGUAGUAAAAGAGCAACCUUUAUUCUUCUGCAAGAACAUUCAAGGUCUCGAAGCCGAAGAAGGCGACACAGCCUUCUUUAGCUGCGAGCUCUCAAAACCUGAAGUUGCUGUGCAGUGGAAGAAAGGAACAGAGUUACUGUUUCCAGGAAUGAGGUAUGAGAUGACACAAGAUGGCUGUCUUCAACAACUUCAGAUACAUGACCUUAAAGGCAUAGAUUCUGGCUCUUAUAAGUGCUGCGCAGGUAGCCUGGUGACAACAGCUUCUCUUCUGGUAAAGGAGGAGCCUUUGUUCUUCUCAAAGGAGCUCCAAAACCAAGACACAGAGGAGGGUAAGACAGCCGUGUUGUCUUGUGUGCUCUCCAAACCUGAAACAGCUGUGCAGUGGAAGAAAGGAGCGAUAGUUUUGAAGCCUGGGAAGAAGUAUGAGAUAAAGCAAAAUGGCUGUCAACUACAGCUUCAUAUCUGUGAACUGACAACACAAGACAGUGGAGUCUACAAAUGUUGCGCUGGAAGUCUGGUGACUACUUGCUCCGUUACAGUGAAAGAGCCACCUUUAUUCUUCUGUAAGAACCUUCAAAACCUUGAAGCAGAAGAAGGCAAGACAGCCAUCCUGACCUGUGAGCUCUCAAAAUCUGGAAUUACUGUACAGUGGAAGAAAGGAACGUUGCUGUUAAAACCAGGAAACAAGUACAAGAUGAAACAUGAUGGUUCUCUGCUACAACUCCAGAUACAUGAUUUGAAAAGUCAAGAUAGUGGCUCUUAUAAAUGUAGUGCAGGAAGCCUUGUGACGACAGCUUCUCUUGUGGUCAAGGAGAAACCCUUGGUCUUCUCUGAGGAGCUCCAAAACCAAGAAGCAGAGGAGGGUAAAACUGCCGUGUUGUGUUGCGAGCUCUCUAAACUUGUGACGUCUGUGCAGUGGAAGAAAGGAACAGUGAUUCUGAAGCCUGGUAAAAAGUAUGAGAUGAAACAAAACGGCUGUCAACUGCAGCUUCACAUUCACGAGCUGACAACACAGGAUAGUGGGGUUUACAAAUGUUGUGCUUUAAGCCUGGCGACUACCGGCUCUGUUACGGUGAAAAAGCAACCUUUAUUCUUCUGCAAGAAUCUUCAAAGUCUUGAAGCAAAAGAACGUGAGACGGCAUUCUUCAGCUGUGAGCUUUCGGAACCUGGAGUUGCCGUUCAGUGGAAAAAAGGAGCGGUGUUGAUAAACACAGGAAACAAGUACAAGAUUAAACAAGAUGGCUGUCUACAACGACUCGAGAUACAUGACCUCAAAAGUCAAGAUUCUGGCACGUAUCAGUGCUACGUGGGUAACCUAGUGACAACUGCUUCUCUUGUAGUAAAAGAACUGCCUUUGUUUUUCUCUGAGGAGCUCCAAAACCAAGAAGCAGAGGAGGGUAAGACAGCCGUAUUGUGUUGUGAGCUCUCUAAACCUGAAACGUCUGUGCAAUGGAAGAAAGGAGCGAUGCUUCUGAAGCCUUGUAAAAAGUAUGAAAUAAAGCAAAAUGGCUGUCAACUACAGCUUCACAUUCAUGAGUUAAUAAUACAGGACAGUGGGGUCUACAAAUGUUGCGUUGGAAGUCUGGUGACUACUGGAUCCAUUAGGGUGAAAGAGCAACCAUUAUUCUUCUCUAAGAACCUUCAAGAUCUUGAAGCAAAAGAAGCUGAGACGGCCUUCUUGAGCUGUGAGCUCUCAAAACCUGGAGUUGCCGUUCAGUGGAAGAAGGGAACAAUGUUGUUGAAGUCUGGAAGCAAGUAUGAGAUGAAACAGAGUGGCUUAGAAAUGCACCUUCAAAUCCAUGACCUGAAAUGUCAGGAUAGUGGUGUGUAUAAAUGUUGUGUUGGUAGGAUGGAGACAACAGCUUCUGUUGUUAUAAAAGAAGCUCCAACUAGAACAAAAGAAAUCCCUCAAGCCCCACCAAGAUCAAAAGCUAAAAGUGCUCAGCCGAGUAUUAUUGUGGAAGAACCACAUGGUCUAGCACCAAACAAACAGGCUGUGGUCAUUGAAGCAUCAGACAACCGUACUGUAGAGCCAUCAGAAGUUCAAUUUCAAGAUCUCUUUGGGAACAUAGAGGAUGAAGAGGAGACCAAGGGAAAAUCAUUGUUCAAACAAAAAAGAAAACAACUGGGUCCUAAUAUUUCCCAGGUUAUAAAUGAGAUUAGUCACACUAAAGAAGAAAUACCUGAAAUUCCUUCACCUGCAACCUACAUAACCGAAGAACCAAGAAAAAAAUACAUGGACACGGAUUCAAAAGAAUUUGAAGCUGAGAUUGCUCUGGACUGGUGCAAUGAAGAGAUUUCAGGACAGGUUCUGAAGAAGACUUCAAGCAUAGAUACAGAUGAAGACAAAAGCGAUGAACUAGAUAGAGAUCUUCCCCAGCCUCCUCCUCCCUCUAGGGGUAAACCCACACAGCCCAAUGUUUCACAUCCAGACCACCAUGAUGUUUCAGAAGAGAAGAACCAGACUGUUAUCAGACAGCCUAGUUUGGAUGUUAAACCAGAUGUGGUCAAGAAGCCAACUGUAGGAGGAGGACAACCGUGUGCAUUAGACAAAAAGAAUCGACAAAUGGUUUUACCAUCAACUGAAAAGAGAGAAUCAGUAAAUGAAAGUGUUUCCACAGAACAAGAUUCUAAGCCCUUAGAGGAUGAUGAAAUUCACCUCCUUGACAAUAAAGAGACUGAUGAAAAUGUCACACAUGAGAAACUUAAGGUCCAUUCUGAAACGGCUCAAGAAUUCAAUAAGGUUCAAAACAUAGAUGAACAUCAAGUAAAAGUGGCAAAACACGGAAAAGAAAAAGCACCAAGUCUUACUCCUGCCAGCCAGAAACUUAAAGAACAAAUAAUUCCUGUAGAGAAAGCGAAAACAAUGCCCUUCUGGGAAGCGCAUAGAGACCCACAAGACGUAAAGAUCCCCUUAGAUGAGAAAAACAUUAAGCAGGUUGAACUGGAAAAAGACGCAGGAUCUACCACUCAGCCACAGGAGAUAAUGGCACAGAAGAUGACAAAAGAUGCUCAAAGUGUGGCAGACAACAAACAGGCAAGUUCUCAGGUAGAACAAGAUACUAAAGUCAUCGAGUUUGAAGAUGAGCCUGAGAUGCUUGAAGCUGCCAUUAAGAUACAAGCUGCUUUCAAAGGCUACAAGACCAGAAAAGACAUGCGUCCUGCCUUCAAGGAAGUCUUCAAAAACCAGAAUGUUGAUCCUGGUGGCGCUGUGUUGCUUGAGUGUGUUGUGGAUGGUAAAAUUAGCUCUGUGAGCUGGUUAAAAGAUGGAGUAGAUCUCAAACCCGGGAAAAGGAUUAAAGUCGGUCGUAAUGAGGACGGCCGAUGUCUUCUAACAGUUUCCAGCGUGACACCCAAAGAUGCCGGAAUCUAUACAUGCAUAGUUGCACACAAGUUUGGAAAGAUUAGUUAUAAUGGGAAUGUGACAGUGGGUAAACAGCAAAAGCCACCUGAGAGCGUUCAAAUCGCACAGAAGUUAGGCACCGAAAUUGUUGUUGGGAAAGAGGCUCAGCAGACCCUAAAUCAAGAGAAGACAUUGAGACUCGCCUAUGAUCUGCCAGCGGAUGACACCUACAGUAAAAUCCAAGAGAAAAGGAGAAGUCUCAUUUCGGUCAGCUCUGUAUCAUGUCACUCGGAUUAUGACACGGCUCCUGAUGCUGAGACAGAAUAUUUAUCUCGGGGAAAAGAGGCAGAGAAGUCCAAAUCAGAUGCUCCAACUGAAGUACAAAAAAGUGUUAGUGUAACACCACCAAAGACUUCAGGUCAACUGAAAGUUAAAGGUUCCAGCCCAAAGAGUCAAAUGCCUUCUCCUAAACGCACCUCUUCUAAUAUAGAGUCAUUCUCUGAGUCAGAUGAAGACGAAGAGAGAGGAGAGACAUUUGAUGUGUAUGUGGCUAAAACGGACUGCCAUCCUGUGGGAGGAAACAAGGAGGCGUUUGUACUUAAGGAAGGUCAGUUUGUGGAGGUCCUGGACUUUGCCCAUCCUGUGAGGUGGCUUGUACGUACAAAGCCAACUAAGAUGACACCGUCCCGUCAGGGGUGGGUAUCCCCCGCAUACCUGGAGAAGAAGACCAAGGAAAUCUUUUUACUGGCUCUUGAAGAAGACACAAGAGAUUCCUCUGAGAAAGGCAGGAAGAUAUGCACAAAGGACGAGCACAGUUUAGUUCAAGGUCAGCUGAUCAGGGGACUUCUGAACGGCGAGAGUGAUUUUGUGCGAGAGAUUAACUUCUUUGUGGAGCACCAUUUGGAGUACCUAGAGACAAGCUCUCAAGUUCCUCUUACCAUCCUCAGUCAAAAAGAGUACAUAUUCCGCAACAUCCGGGAAAUUGCAAGCUUCCAUGAAUGCCUAAUCUUCCCCAAGCUGGAGAUGUGCUUUACAGAUGAUGAUGUCGCCGAAUGUUUUGUGAGCUACGUUACAGACUUUGAGAUGUACCUGCAGUACAUCACAGGUCUGCCCCAGGCUGAGGCCUGCGUCUCAGACAAAAACACACAAUAUUUCUUUAAGCAAUAUGCAAACACAGAGCUGGCACAUCUGGAUACCCAGGUUCUCAGUGUUAACACCUAUCUGCAGAGACCUCUAGAAAGAAUUCAAACAUACAAGACUGUACUUAAGGAGCUUAUCAGAAACAAAGCGAAGAAUGGACAGAGCUGUGGUCUACUGGAAGACGCCUUUGCCAUAGUUUCAAGCUUGUCCUGGCGUGCGGAGAACUUGCAUCACCUGUCCAUGAUCGAGAAUUACCCAGCACCUCUCAAGGGGCUUGGAGAACCCAUUAGACAGGGCCAUUUUACAGCAUGGGAGGAAGUUCCCGGAGUCAAAAGCUCUCAGAGAGGACAUCACCGCCACGUCUUCCUCUUUAAAGACUGCAUUGUCUUCUGUAAGCCGAGGAGAGAACUAAGCACGUACACUGAGGCCUACUUAUUCAAGAAUAAAAUGAAGUUGUGUGACAUUGAUGUAAAGGAUACAGUGGAAGGUGACGACAGGGCGUUUGGUAUGUGGCAUGAGCAUCGAGGAAUGGUGAGGAAGAUCGUUCUGCAGGCCCGAUCCGUCCUCCUCCGCCUCUCCUGGCUCAAAGAUCUGCGGGACCUGCAGCUGCGCAGCAAACAGCCUGCUUGGAGUGCUCCUUGUUUUGAGCAGCAUCUUAUCAACUUCUCGGCAAGGCUUGGACAAACUGUAAAACUUGCCUGCAAGAUUACCGGUACACCAAAACCAGGAAUAAAGUGGUUUAAAGAUGGUCGUGCUGUGAGGGAUGACCAGCAUCACAUUACUUCAGAAGGACAGUUGGGGGCCUGUUAUCUUGUGCUGACUGGGGUCACAGUGGACGAUUCGGGUCAAUACAUGUGUUACGCAACCAGUCCCGCAGGCAACGCAAGCAGCCUGGCAAACGUUAUGAUUGAUGUUCCCCCGAGUUUCACAACUCCGCUACAAAACUCAGUGCUUCUAAAAGGCCAAGAAAUACAGUUCAAGUGCGCCACAAAAUUCGUUCCUUUCCCAUCAGUGAGGUGGUUUAAGGACGGCGUUGAGCUCAAGAACAGCAGGAAGUAUCAAAUUCAAUCUGACGUGCAAACAGGAAGUCUUACACUCACCGUAAAGACAGCUGAAGAGUCGGAUCUCGGUCAAUACCAGUGUGAGAUACUGAAUGAAGUGGGCAGCGCCAAGUGUAAAGCUGAGCUCUGCUCUCCAGCGCCUUCAGCUUUGCCAGUCAGCACCCAAAACCAAUCACAAACCUCCCCAUUUCAAGGUAGGACAAAGAAGGUGAUCGGCAGUUACAGUUUAAGACGGAGAAAUUGCCCAAUAAAGCAGAUAUCCGUAAUCUUGAAGGAACCUGCUGCCGAUAUUGGAGAAACGCACAGCGUUGAUCGACAGAAUGUUGCUGAUAGGCAGAUACAGACUGCACAGGAAGAGAGACUCGUGGAAUCUGAGGAAAUGCUUGUCUGCUCAGAAACCGAGGAAGAGGGGCUUGUGAUGACAGAAGCCCCUACUGUACAGGUUCCAAUAGAAGACUUGACAGUCCGGCCGUGUCAGGCGGCCAUAUUCUCCGCCAUUAUUACAGGCCAGCCCAUUCCUGAGGUUCAGUGGUUUAAGGAUGGCCAGGAAAUUUUAGCCAAUGAGCAAAUAGAAAUAAUGCACAGUGGUGCACGUUGCUCUCUCACGUUGCUGGACGCUUGCGCAGAAGAUUGUGGGACAUACACCUGCAUAGCGGGCAACAGUGUUGGCCAGACCUCUUGCCACGCCAAACUCACUGUUGACGCAGGUCCUGAGGACAUUGAGGAGGAGGUAGAGGUGGAGUUUACAAAAAGACGAAAACUGCUUUCCGUAUAUGAUGUCUGUGAGGAAAUUGGAAGGGGCACCUUUGGGGUCGUUAAAAAAGUCAUACACAGGGCGAGUGUGGAGUGCUUUGCUGCAAAGUUCCUUCCGCUCAGAAGCAACACCAGGACUAGAGCGUUUCAAGAGAGAGAUCUACUGUCUCGUCUUGGUCACCGCAGACUCGCGUGUCUCCUCGAUUUCUUCUCCACAAGACGCACUCUGGUGCUGGUUAUAGAAUUAUGUUCUUCGCAAGGGUUGUUAGACCAUCUGUAUUUAAAAGGAUUGGUUACAGAGAGGGAGGUCCAGUUAUAUAUUCAGCAGAUUCUGGAGGGCAUUGGGUACAUUCACAAUAUGAACAUCUUGCAUCUGGAUAUCAAAACGGACAAUAUUCUAAUGGUCUCCCCAGAGAGAGAAGACAUCAAGAUCUGUGACUUUGGCUUCUGUCAGGAGAUUGACAGCUCUAGACAUCAGUACAACAAGUUUGGAACACCUGAAUUUGUUGCUCCAGAAAUUGUCCACCAGGAACCUGUUACGGUAGCCACUGAUAUCUGGUCUGUUGGUGUCGUUGCUUACUUAUGCGUAACGUGCCACUGCCCUUUCUUUGGAGAGAACGACCGUGACACACUGAUGAAGGUAGCCGAGGGCGUGCUGUUCUGGGAUGCACCUGAGAUCAAGAGCAGAAGUGCGGAGGCACAGGACUUUCUACACAGAGUUCUACAGCCAGACCCAGAAAGGAGGCCAAAUGCAUCUGAGUGUCUGGGUCAUGAGUGGUUUCAGGAUCAUUAUGAAGAUUCGGAGCCUGAGUACAUCAAUAUGAAACAUUUAAAGUCUUUCAUUUCAAGAAGAAAAUGGCAGCGUUCUUUGACAUGUCUCGGCUCUGUGCUGACGUUGAGACCGAUCCCAGACCUGUUGGAAGCCCCUAUGCGUGAGGUUUCCAUUACUGCCACGAGGGAGACCCAGGAGCCCAGCAGCACUUCCUUAAGCAGCGGGUCCUCUUCAGAGUAUGAUGAAGCAGAUGCCUGGGACUUCUUCCAGCAGGCCAGCCAAGAAGAUGAAGAUGAUUUGGAGGAAGAGGAUGAUUUGGACCCAUACGCCCAUGUGUCAAUAAGGCCUGCGUCUAAAGGACAGGAUGAGGAAGAGUUGCUUAUCGAUGGGAAGAACAUUCAAAGAGGCCCACUGGUAAUUCCCAUGAGCUCACCGACAAAAGUGCUCGGUUUUGAGCGAAGGGACAGCAGUCCCCCUUUGUACAUUUCCGAGGGAGAAGAGGGGUUGUCUGGUGGGACUCCCAUACCACGCCGUAGCCUCAUCAAGAGCAACUUCUACUGCAGCUCAGAGCAGCUCUCUCCCAUUUCUGCUCGCCACAUGAUCCUUCGGGAGAAAAUCCAAGCCAAAAAGCAGGAGCGUGGCCGUAAGCCUCUCCGCGCCAGCCUCUCUGGCAGGCUAAAUGAGCCGCUUAUAGAGUAUGUGGAAGAUUCUCCAGAUUUGGAAGCGAAGAGAAAAGCAUCAAUGCAUUCAUCUAUACUAAAGUCAAGCUCAUUUGAUAGCGGCGUGAGUGUUGCCCAUCCAAACAUACUCAUGCAAAGAAGAAGCAGAUCAUUAGAUGCGUACACACAAUGCUCGUCAGGCCCGACCGAGCAGGGGUCACGAGCAGAGGAUGAGCGAGAUGUCGAAGUUGGCCAAAAACCAGAUCCGACCAAUGAAGAAGAAAAAACUCAUGAUGGAGAAGUGAGAAGGAAACUUCGCCGUCGUUCACCGGUUUCUCCAAGAAAGCGCCCAGUGAUUAACGUGAGAACGCAAAUCCAAGAGCCGAUUGAAGGGUCAUGUGUAAUUGAUAGCCAAUCACAGAUUAUGCAAAAAGAAGCAAAUUUGGAUGAUGAAGAGAGCACGGCUGGAUCGCAGCUCUCGCUAGCAGAGUCACGCUCGCCUGAACGCUGCUCAAAGGCCUCUAGCCGGCUAGGCUCAUAUGAAGAACUCUCAUCCUGUUUCCACCCUGUCACCCACAGGCAACAUGAUGAGACUGUGAUGGCUGGAUCUUCCGGAAAGACCUCACAAUGUUCUCUCCUACAGGACUCUGAAGACAUGGAAAAGGUUCUGAGAUCUCUCCGCCAAGACCUCCCACAAGCCCCACCUCGACACCGCACUCAAAGUUCAAGCUCUGGAAUAAAUAAAACACAAACUACUAAAAGCAUCAUCCCUCUGAGAAGAAGCUCCUCGGCGGUUCCUGUCCAAACUGCAACAGCGGACAGAGGAAACACAGAGGUGCUUCAAAGACACGCCUCCGCCCCAGCUCUACAAGACAAACCACCUAGCGCAAAAUCUUCUAAGACUGGAUUCAUGAAGAUCUUUCGCAAGCACUCGUGGGCUAGCCAUUCUUCCCCUCAGUUGGAGGGCUCUGAAAAAAAACAAGAAGAUGGAGCAACCUCAAAGCCCAGGACCCCUCUACUGACCCUGAGAAAGAAGAUGGGAGCGUCAACGUCCAGCCUUACAAAACUGUUCACUCGACAGUCCAGCAAAGAGGACGCAGAGAGGAAGAAAGGUUCGCCGAUUGUGAAGAACACCUCUGCUGGAAAGCAAGAGAAAUCGACACCAGCCGCCACAUCAUCCGGAAGUCCUCAGAAAAAGUCUAAAUUGUUCAGUCUAAAAGUGCCACUGUUUAAGAAAUCCAAAGUUAAACCAUCUAGGCCAGAUGUCAUUCAGCUUUCAGGAGGUGGAGCUCUUGUGUUCUGGAAACCAGUGCCAUCCGAUGAGCUCAUCACAUACUGUAUUCAAUAUAGCUCAAAUGAUGUGGAGUGGAGGAACUUGUCUGAGAAUGUUACAGACAGCUGUUAUACAGCUAAUGCCCUUCCGAGAGGACCGGGAUAUAUGUUCAGGGUGUCCUAUACCACCAAGACAGGGUUGGCUCCUUUCAGUGAUCCUUCGCCCCCUGCGUUUAUGGCCAUCCCUUAUGAAGAUUCUCACAUUCCUCUCAUUCAGGUGGGAUCUAUAGGGUCAAAGGUCACUGUACCCGGAGGUCUAGGCACUGAAAAGUCUUACAGCUUCUUGUCAGAAAUCAACAGAGGCCGUUUUAGUGUGGUAAGUCAGUGUGAGGAUAGCCGUAGCUCCCAGAUGUUUGCGGCUAAGAUGACGGCGUACAGACCAGAGCAGAGGCAGCAGGUUUUGAGGGAAUAUCAACUGCUUCGCCGACUGAGCCACCCUCAUCUCGUACAGCUUCACUCGGCCAUUCUUACCCCCACCUGCCUGGUGCUUAUAGAGGAACUGUGUCCAGGACGAGAGCUUCUUUAUAACCUUUCUGAAAGGGAUCUAUAUGCAGAAAUGCAUGCGACUGACCUGCUAGAGCAGAUUCUGAGUGCUGUGGAUUAUCUGCACAGUCGUCGUAUCGUUCACCUGGAUCUUAAAUCAGACAACAUGCUGGUGACCGGACGAAAAGUGAAGAUUGUGGAUUUGGGCUCUGCACAAACAUUUACUCCAGGACAAGUGCUGAAUAUUGAGCACAUAAAGGAAAUGUCAGAUAACAAAGAGUUUAUGCUUAAAUGCUCUCUGUUGUGUUUUUUAGGGUAUAUUGUUCUUCCUAAAGCACCGGAGAUCUUGGAAGGACAAGGAGUUGGCCCGGAGACUGAUAUCUGGGCUGUUGGUGUUUUGGCUUUUAUCAUGUUGAGUGCGGACAGUCCCUUCCAUGCUGAUUUAAAUUGGGAGAGGGAUCGGAACAUUAAAAAAGGCAAGAUCCAGUUUGGCCGCUGUUAUCCAGGCCUCUCAGAGGGAGCCAUCAACUUCAUGAAGAACACGAUGAGCAACAAAGCCUGGGCAAGACCAACAGCAGCCGAGUGCCUCCAAAACCCCUGGAUACAUGGAGAGCGUCUGUCCUCCAAACAUGGCACAUCUGUGGUCUGUUUCUCAACAGACAAGCUGCAGGCCUAUCUCAGGGAAAGAGAGGUCAAGCGAGACCAUGUCCGAACAAAGUUUAAACCAGCCCUGUUAUAAUGCAGAUGAAUGUUUAGAAGAUAUCUUUAAACUAUUUGGUGUGAAACUGUGAAAAGUUUUUGUUGGUUUUAAAAGCACAGUGGAUGUUAUGUUUGUGCUGCUACCCUAAUAACAAUGGUUUUAUUGUAGUAUUGGAAAAAUGUUAUGAUGAACAUUGCUUUGCUUUACAAGUAUUCAUUAAUCAUUUCUUAAAAUAUAACAUACUGCAAUUUUCAUGAUGUAGUAUGACUAUGCUUCAAAUAUUUCUUUGUAAAGAUUCAAAUUGUGACAUCAACAACAAUGUUUUACAAUAGUGUGUGACUACAUAAAGUAUCUGGUAGUGUGGCUCUUUGUAGGGAUGUGACAUAUUUGUCACAUUUAUUUCCUUUUGGUUUGAUAGAUGUGUUUAACUGAAAUUACUUAAGAGACAGGAGAAUGAUCUUAAAAGAAGUCCAUCAUCUCUCAUAUCUACAGUAUCUGAUGUUUGUGAUGAGACACUAUAGAAAAAUAUAGGCUACCAAGCCAGCAACUACUGUUAUUGUAGAACUGUAAAUCUUUUUUCUUCCUGUGUUAUUAAAGUUUACGGCUGCAUCAGG